GCGCCCGGAGCGCAGCAUCCUGGUGCAGGCCUUGGCUGCUGCUGUCACUGCCGUCGGGGAAGGUCCCAGCGCGGACAUGGCCUCGCGCGGCGCCCUCCCGGGCCCUCGCCCCUAGCGCCUCGCGUAGUAGCCCCGCAAAGAGGCGGCCUCAACAGUGCCGACGGCGCAGACGGCCGGGAGGGCGGCAUGGAGGCGGCGCACCUGCUCCCUGCCGCCGACGUGCUGCGCCACUUCUCGGUGACCGCCGAGGGCGGCCUGAGCCCAGCGCAGGUGACCAGCGCGCGGGAGCGCUACGGCCCCAACGAGCUCCCGACGGAGGAAGGCAAGUCCCUGUGGGAGCUGGUGCUGGAGCAGUUCAAGGACCUUCUGGUGCGCAUCCUGCUGCUGGCCGCCCUGGUCUCCUUUGUCCUGGCCUGGUUUGAGGAGGGCGAGGAGACUACAACGGCCUUCGUGGAGCCCCUGGUCAUCAUGCUGAUCCUUGUGGCCAAUGCAGUCGUGGGCGUGUGGCAGGAACGCAACGCCGAGAGUGCCAUCGAGGCCCUGAAGGAGUACGAGCCCGAGAUGGGCAAGGUGAUCCGCUCAGACCGAACCGGUGUGCAGAGGGUCCGCGCACGGGACAUCGUCCCUGGAGACAUCGUGGAAGUGGCGGUGGGAGACAAAGUGCCCGCCGACCUCCGCCUCAUUGAGAUCAAGUCCACCACACUGAGAGUGGACCAGUCCAUCCUGACAGGCGAAUCGGUGUCCGUGACCAAGCACACAGACGCCAUCCCAGACCCCAGAGCUGUGAACCAGGACAAGAAGAACAUGCUGUUUUCUGGCACCAACAUUGCGUCGGGCAAGGCAGUGGGUGUGGCGGUGGCCACAGGCCUGCACACGGAGCUGGGCAAGAUCCGGAGCCAGAUGGCGGCUGUGGAGCCAGAGCGGACGCCGCUGCAGCAGAAACUGGAUGAGUUUGGGCGGCAGCUGUCCCGCGCCAUCUCUGUGGUCUGCGUGGCCGUGUGGGUCAUCAACAUCGGUCACUUCGCCGACCCCGCACACGGCGGCUCCUGGCUCCGAGGUGCAGUGUACUACUUCAAGAUCGCCGUGGCGCUGGCUGUGGCCGCCAUCCCCGAGGGCCUCCCCGCGGUCAUCACUACAUGCCUGGCGCUGGGCACGCGGCGCAUGGCGCGCAAGAACGCCAUCGUGCGCAGCCUGCCCUCCGUGGAGACCCUGGGCUGCACCUCGGUCAUCUGCUCCGACAAGACAGGCACACUCACCACCAAUCAGAUGUCUGUCUGCCGGAUGUUCGUGGUAGCUGAGGCAGAAGCUGGUGCCUGCCGUUUGCAUGAGUUCACCAUCUCUGGCACCACCUACACCCCAGAGGGCCAAGUGCUGCAGGGAGAGCAGCCGGUGCGCUGUGGGCAGUUUGAUGGGCUGGUGGAGCUGGCGACCAUCUGUGCCCUGUGCAACGACUCCACGCUGGACUACAACGAGGCCAAGGGUGUGUAUGAGAAGGUGGGAGAGGCCACGGAGACUGCCCUGAUUUGCCUGGUGGAGAAGAUGAACGUGUUCGACACCAACCUGCAGACCCUGUCCCGGGUGGAGCGAGCUGGCGCCUGCAACGCAGUCAUCAACCAGCUGAUGCGGAAGGAGUUCACCCUGGAGUUCUCCCGAGACCGGAAGUCGAUGUCAGUGUACUGCACGCCGACCCGCCCGGGCCUGGCUGCCCAGGGCAGCAAGAUGUUUGUGAAGGGAGCUCCUGAGAGUGUGAUCGAACGCUGUAGCUCAGUCCGAGUGGGGAGCCGCACAGUGUCCCUGAACGCCACCUCCAGGGAGCAGAUCCUAGCCAAGAUCCGAGACUGGGGCUCAGGCUCGGACACGCUGCGCUGCCUGGCACUGGCCACCCGGGAUACGCCCCCAAGGAAGGAAGACAUGCAGCUGGAUGACUGCAGCAAGUUUGUACAGUACGAGACCAACCUGACUUUCGUGGGCUGCGUGGGCAUGCUGGACCCUCCGAGGCCUGAGGUGGCUGCCUGCAUUGCGCGCUGCCGCCAGGCAGGCAUCCGUGUAGUCAUGAUCACGGGGGACAACAAAGGCACGGCUGUGGCUAUCUGCCGUCGGCUGGGCAUCUUCAAGGACACGGAGGACGUGACGGGCAUGGCCUACACAGGCCGAGAAUUCGAUGACCUCAGCCCCGAGCAGCAGCGCCACGCCUGUCGCACGGCCCGCUGCUUUGCUCGUGUGGAACCCGCGCACAAGUCCCGCAUCGUGGAGAACCUGCAGUCCUUCAACGAGAUCACCGCCAUGACUGGAGAUGGGGUGAAUGAUGCCCCAGCCCUAAAGAAAGCCGAGAUUGGUAUCGCCAUGGGCUCCGGCACAGCUGUGGCCAAGUCGGCAGCGGAGAUGGUACUGUCAGAUGACAACUUCGCCUCCAUUGUGGCUGCGGUGGAAGAAGGCCGAGCCAUCUACAGUAACAUGAAGCAAUUCAUCCGCUACCUCAUCUCCUCGAAUGUCGGCGAGGUCGUCUGCAUCUUCCUCACGGCAAUUCUGGGCCUGCCCGAAGCCCUGAUCCCUGUGCAGCUGCUUUGGGUCAACCUGGUGACAGAUGGCCUGCCUGCCACAGCACUGGGCUUCAACCCACCGGACCUGGACAUCAUGGAGAAGCUGCCCCGCAACCCUCGUGAGGCCCUCAUUAGUGGUUGGCUCUUCUUUCGCUAUCUGGCUAUUGGAGUGUAUGUGGGCCUGGCCACGGUGGCUGCUGCCACCUGGUGGUUCCUGUAUGAUGCCGAGGGACCGCGCAUCACCUUCUACCAGCUGAGGAACUUCCUGAAGUGCUCUGAGGACAACCCGCUCUUUGCUGGCAUUGACUGCGAGGUUUUUGAGUCGCGCUUCCCCACGACCAUGGCCUUGUCUGUGCUGGUGACCAUUGAAAUGUGCAACGCCCUCAACAGUGUCUCAGAGAACCAGUCGCUGUUGCGGAUGCCGCCCUGGCUGAACCCUUGGCUGCUGGCAGCUGUGACCAUGUCCAUGGCCUUGCAUUUCCUCAUCCUGCUCGUGCCGCCCCUGCCCCUCAUUUUCCAGGUGACCCCACUGAGCGGGCGCCAGUGGGUGGUGGUGCUCCAGAUAUCCCUGCCAGUCAUCCUGCUUGACGAGGCCCUCAAGUUCCUGUCAAGGAACCACAUGGAUGAAAAGGACCGGAAGUGAGAGCCGGGAGUGGAGUGCGGUCACCAGCGUGUACCUCAGACUGAUGGUGCCCAAGCGUUCGCCCUGCCCCCCACCCUGCCACCGUGCUGGCCCGCUUGCUCGCUGAGCCCUACUGCGGUCGGAAUGGCCACCCCCAGUCCUGUCCCCAGGGUCGUUUUCCCCUCUUCCAUCUGCCUGGGGGGGUCUGUACUUCAUGUCUCUGGCACUCUCCUGGGAAGUUUGCCUGGGAGGGGCCUGCCAAGGAGCCAGAGCUGGGAGCCCAUCCAGAGACGCAAAGCCUUGCACCCCCAAAUCCACCAGCACGUUCUGAAGCCUGCUCCCCUUUGCUUUGAGACUGGGCAUUUCCUUGGUGACAGGCAUCUCUGUACUUGAAAGAGGACUCCUGGAGGUCACUUACUCCAGCUGUGACCCCUCGCUUAGUGCCGUGUCUGGGACCUGGUCAGCUGGGGUGGACAGGGGAACAUCUGGGCCCAGCUGUGCACAGCCAGUGCAGGCAGCUCCCCCACCCCCCCGUUCUGCUCUGCUUCCACAGAGUCGGCUCAUGAGGGCUUAAGCCUGUUUCUGUUUAUAUGUGCGGGAAUUGAAGGGUCAGAGAGAGACAGGAGUAAGGGAAGGAGGCUAGGCAAGGAGCCCCUGUCCUGGGAGCCAGCUGGCCUGCCUGCCUCUGCUUGGCUCGCUCCUGGCCUCGGGCUCUCUGUCCUAAGCACACGGUGCCUGCCCUCUCAGUGCCGUCUGGUCUGCCAAGCAGGGGCUGGCUUUGCCCUCAGUGCACCUGGCAGCUGAACCCCAGACGCCCUCGGGUCCCUGACAGCUGUGCCCUUCCACCCCAACCCGUGCUCGACCGGCUCAUGGUCGGCACCGCUGGGUGUCUCCGAGUCUCUGGGCUCUCGGCCUCACUCUUCGCCCCAAUCGCACACACCCGUGAGCGGAAAGAGUGUCGCCCAGAAUGGCCAGUUACUCGAGUGUGCUUCCUCCCCCUCCCUUCUGGCUGGAGGAGCAGCUCCGUGCAGAUCAUGUCAGGUGAUAGGAGAAGCAUUUGUUGGGCAGAAAUGUUCUCUGAACUCAGCUUUUGCCCCUUUGGCAAAAAUCAGUUAUAGAAGGAAGCAGUGAGUAAAUGGCUGUGUGUCCUCUCCCUCCUUCAGAGUACAAAGUGAUCAUUUUAUACAUAAAUCAAGGCUCACGUUUCUGUCCUGGUCCCCAGAAUCAAAGCCCCCUUGGCCUGCCUUGCAGACAAGUGGGCUCCAGGUUCUGUGGCCCUUUUCCCCACCCCUCCCUCACAGGCUUUGGAGGGGUGGGGGGAAGCAGAGUUGGGGGGUCCCCCUGGUGUCAGCAUUCUCUGCCUCUUUCCUGCUGGGAGGAAGGGAGACCUUAGCAGGAGGGGGUGGGGGCGGGACCCUGAACCCACAUGCUGACAUGCAAUCUGGUAGAGAAAUAAAGGUUGAGUGCCUGGGGCACUGGAGGACCA